GCCUCGCCACCCUGGACAAAGUCUUUGCUGAAGUGCAUCACCUACACACACUACGCCAUUAGAGGAUGAACACUCCUCCCAAGGUAUAACAACUCAUAGCAGUCCCGAGGUGUCAAAAGAAUCGAGGUCAUUAAACAGGGGGCAAAAAGAAAGCACCGGCCAAAAAGCCUGCCAAGUGUUUUCUGAACUAUCUCAGGUUUCGUCCGAAUUUCUGGCAUCCUGGACGGAGCUGUAAGGUUUUCCUAUCUCCCCCAACAGCCAUGGACUAUAGCGACGACCCACGUCUUAUAGAGCUUGGCUCUAUUGAGGCUAUAUACCCAGAGAUCCGACGCCCUGACGCAAAAGACCCCUUCACCUUCGAGAUAGACCUCCCUGUUGAGCCCGCCGCUCCAGUUACUGUCACUUUCCCAGCAGCCUCAGCACCCGCCCACCCAGGGCUCACUACACUUGGCCAAGCUACUGAGAAUGCCCAGCCUGAGGUUGAUUCUCUCGAAGUCUCGUACCUGCCCCCUCUGCGGUUGAGAGUCCGUCUCCCAGAGGGUUACCCUGCAGAUGCGCCACUAGAUAUUGUGGUAUCUACCAUACCGCAGUGGUUGUCGAGGGAAACGAUCAAACGGCUUGAGGAUGAUGGACCGCGCUUAUGGGACGAGAUUGGUCGCGACAUGGUUGCAUUUACUUACAUCGAUCACAUUCAGCGCGCCGCUGAAGACGUGUUUGGAACCAUCAGUCCCGGGGGAACUCUUCAGGUUGAUCCAGAACACAAACUCGCCGUGCUGGACCACGAUAUAAAAGCCAAAAAGGCUGCUUUUGAAAAGGAGACAUUUGAUUGUGGUGUCUGUCUCGAUCCCAAAAAGGGCUCCAAGUGUCACAGAAUGCUUGACUGUAGACAUAUAUUCUGUAUACAAUGCUUACAGGAUUUCUACAACGACGCCAUCAACGAGGGCAACCUUUCUACUGUUCGUUGUCUGAGCCCCAACUGCGCCAAGAAGCGUGCCGCGUCGAAGGACACAAAGAAGCACAAGGUUGCCAUCAGCCCCAGCGAGCUUCUUCAGAUUGGUCUUUCCGAGGAAAUGGUCAAGCGUUAUGUGACGCUCAAGUACAAGACAGAACUCGAGUCUGACAAAAACACAAUAUACUGUCCACGACAGUGGUGUAAUGGAGCAGCCCGAUCGAAACGCCACAAGAAGCCGGAAGGUUUAGAGUUUGCUGAGACGUCUGAUGCUGAAUCCGGCAAAGAGGAAGAAGAAAACGAAAAAGAAAAAGAACAAGAACAAGGAGGGGUUAGUGCCAAGUCUGGAAAAAGGAAGAAUAAGGAAACAUUUAGCAAAGCGGAUCUCUUGUCUAUAUGCGAAGACUGUGGCUUCGCCUUCUGUGGCCAAUGCUACCAGUCAUGGCACGGAGAGUUUGUCCGCUGUGCACCACGACGUGACAAGGGAGAACUCAGCGAGGAGGAAAAAGCAUCACUCGAAUACCUACAGCUUCACACGAGUCCAUGCCCUACCUGCAACGCCCCUGCGCAGAAGACACACGGCUGCAACCACAUGAUCUGCUCACGAUGCGACACUCAUUUCUGCUAUCUAUGCUCUUCAUGGCUUGACCCGGUGAAUCCCUACCAGCACUACAACCAGCUGGCGGGCGGCAAAGUCACUUCCUGUUACAUGCGGCUGUGGGAACUCGAGGGCGGCGAUGGCGACGACGUGGGCUUAGGGUUCGUCGGUGGCCGCGGUCCCGUUGCAGAUGCUCCCGCGGCACUUGAUGAUAUUGAGCUUAUGCCUCUGCCGGAAGUUAUCGAGUCUGAUGACAGUGACGGCGAGGACGAAGCCAAUGUCCAGGGCAACAACAGACCGCUUGGAGGCCAGGGCCAAGGUAUCGAGAUUGCGCGUGAAGGACCCCUCGUUAUACGACUCGUCGACAAUCAAGCUCGCGAUGGUCGAAGACCUAUUCCUCCCGCUGCACCCGACGCACCGCAACAACUUGCGGGCCGCGGCCAUAAUGGCCCACCUCGAGGUCCAGCGGGGCGAGGACGCGGCGCAAGAGGGGCUGGGAGAGGAGGAGGCGCGGUAGCCCGAGGGAGAGGAGGAGGAGGAGGAGGAGGAGGAGGAGGAGGAGGAGGAGGAGGAGGAGGAGGAGGAGGAGGAGGAGGAGGAGGAGGAGGAGGAGCUGUUGCUAAUCGUCAACGAGUGAACCAGCGACAACCUCAACUACCGCAGCAGGCACAGGGCCAGGAUGAGAAUAACCAGGAUGGUCUGGAUCCGGCACAGGAGGCCUGGGUUCGUCGAUUUGUGCAGAUGGCGCUCAACGAUGAAGAGGACCUCGUUGAUGGUGAUUCUGAUGAAGAUGAUGGUAAUUGGAUCAUUCGGUGA